AGAUCAAUGCUUGCAAAAGAACUUUUCAAUAUCAUUGGUAAAUCAACCAAGAAGUAUAAUAUCAUCCUGGUCAUCCCUGGAGAUGGAAAGAUCAUCACUCAUGAAGAUGAAAAUGUGUUGGAGAUCGGAAUUCCUAAAAGAACAUACUUGAGUAUGUUUAAACAGGCACAUGAUACCUGGCAAGACAUGUCUGGGAUGAACAUUGACGAUAUCUACUAUAUGACAUUGGGGUAUUUGAUAACUACCAAUGAACACCACACUAUUCUUAAGCUUCAUCGCAAAGUCACAUUCCAAUUGAUCCAAGAAAGAGGAUGGAGUGUGCUCGCACAAGAGUUACAGUAUAUUACGUCAAUCUUAACUUGUCGCAUGUCACGAAUCAACAAAAGUUCAUCACUUUGGCACUGGUUGAAGAUGUUGACUGUACUAUCUGUUUACAUAAACAAGUCUACAUCAACAUAUGAACUUGUGAUUGAUAGAGCAAUCAAGAGCUGUGAAUUACACUUUGCAAAUUAUUAUGGAUGUAAUUUUCUUCGGUGGGUGAUUCAGAUCAAUCGCGUGAUUGAUGUUCCAGUUGAAUUUGAUGAUGUGUUGAGGAAGUUGGUAAUUCUGAGUUGUAGAACAAGCUUGAGUGAUUGUGGGUUAUGGGGAGUCUUACAGGUUUACUUAAGUACUGGUGAUAUUGAAUGGACAAUUAAUGAUCUACGCAGGAUUGUCGACAGUUUACGUCAAGAAGGCUUAGAGUUUACCAGUCCUGUUUUGCAGAUAAGAAACACCGACCAUGUUGCUUGCGCCAUUGAGCAACUUGACUGGUUAAUCCUAGUACAAUGCCUCGUAGUAACUCCAUACAAGUCAGUUGUUCAAGCAAUCCCUGAAAAAACUGUGGAGGAAAAGCUCACUAACGCUUCUACCAAAGUGAGACAACUAGCACAAGAAAUUUUAACACUGAAAAAAAACUAGUCUUGCCACAUAACCAUCAUACACUAAUGUUAAAACUUCGUCAAUUAAAAGAAAAGCAAAAGGCCCAAGCAGCAGCGGAAGGCCAUAACAAUUCAUCUACUCCGACAACAAGUAUAUCUGCUGCCCAACUAAGACUUCAGAAAGACAUCACCGAACUUGACUUACCUCAUACCAUAAAAGUUCAAUUUCCAGACCCCAGCAAUUUUUUCACCUUCAACUUGACCAUAACUCCACAACAAGGCUACUACCGACUGGGCCAUUUCCAUUUCAAAGUUGAUAUCAAUAACAACUUCCCUAUUGAUCCUCCUAAAAUCAAAUGUUUAAAUAAAAUCUACCACCCAAACAUUGAUCUCGAAGGGAAUAUCUGUUUGAAUAUCCUUAGAGAAGAUUGGUCUCCAGUUCUCAGUUUAAGUCAAGUAUUGAUGGGUUUGAAUUUCUUGUUGCUUGAACCUAAUGCUAAUGAUCCAUUGAAUAAACAAGCAGCAAAUGUGUUGGCCAAGGAUCCCCGGCAAUUUGAACGCAAUGUCUAUAAUUCAAUGAGAGGAGGAUAUAUUGAUCUGGUGUAUUUUGAUAACGUCAUGAAAAAAUAGAAUUACAUAUUAUUACAUAGAGAAAGUGCCAUUCCCGCUUCUAUUUAUAGUAGUGUAGUUUUCUUCUUCAACUCCAUACGCGGACAGAAUUAUCAACUGCCCCGGUCACGAAUAUACAUCGCAUUCUCAGUUGAACAUCUUUAAGCAAGUUGUCAUAGACGGCUUCCUCGUCUUCUUCUUCUUCCUCCUCCUCCUCCUUUUCUGUUUUUCCAUUUUGUACUGCUUCAACCUUGGUUAGUUGUGCAAAAUCAAUACUAUUGAUAAAUCCAUCAUGUCCCAUUAAACUACCAACUUCGGGAUUGUUCAAUCUCAGCAAGUCCCAGAUCUUCACUGUCUUAUCGUCACUGCCACUGAAUACAAAUCUACCAUUUGGAUGUAUACAUAAUGACUUGACCCAUGAAGAAUGUCCCGCGAAUUGUGCCACCAACCAAGCUUGUGAAUUGUUAUACUUACUAGGAAGUGGAUGACGAUGAGGCACUAUAACUGGAGGAGGGAGUAACCAUACCUUAAUAGUAUUAUCUCGACUUCCAGUAAUACAAUACUUGUACCCUAACACCUUGUAGAUUGGAUCAUUGACCAAUUCUUGUGGUAUGCUAGGGAACAAAUCCUCAUUUUUGGUGAUAUAUUUGUCAAGAAGGAAGUUUGACAAACUAGGCAAAAAUUUACAAGUUUCUACAACAUGUGUGUGUCCCACAAUUAAACAUAACCCUGUUCCUGAACUUGCAUGGGACAAUCUUGUACUUUGAUCGUUGGAACAGGUCAAAAUGAAAUCUCCAUGCUGUGAAACUUGACUGACAUCUAUAUCUCUAACCCAUUCACUAUGCCCGAUGAAUGUCUUGAUGCAAUUUCCUUGAGUUAAAUCCCAUAUUUUAACGGACUUAUCUCGAGAUACCGAAUAUAGUAUAUUACUAUCACUAUGUGAAAAUGCCACUGCGCUUACUGUAUGAUCAUGUCCAGUAAGUGUUCGUAUAUGCUUAUAACUACCACUAUCCCAUAUCUUAAUACUCAAAUCAGAAGAACAUGUAGCAAAAACAUACAGUUUCCCCAACACCACUUCGUUUGAAAACGCGAGCAGGUUAAUAUUUCGAGAAUGACCACGAAUAAUCUUGUCAGGAAUCAUAUCCCCCGUAGCCAAACUCCAAACAUACACUGAUCCAUCGGAACAUCCACAAUACACGUUUCCCAACACCGGAUGAAUCUUCACCGAUGUCACCAAUACAUUGUUGGUCAAAUAAGUUGUCUUCACCACUUUAGGCAACCAGUUAAUCCGAUCCUGCCCCAAUACCACGGCAUUGGCGUUCAGCAUAUCAAUAGCCAGUCGCAAAUUGGAUACUUCGUGUUCCAAAUCUAGGAUUUUCUUUUGUAAUCGUAGCACGGUGGCCCAUUUCUUCUCAAGGUAUUGAUCAACAAUUUCGUCGUCGUUAGUAGUAAGCAAAGGGGUUAAUUGGGAUAGGAGUUCUGGAGGCGCAAUUGGCGUGAGGUAUUGAAUUAUCGCCUUGUCGAGCUCGGCCUGUUGUCGAGCCGUAAGGAUUGUUGAUUUCAUGAGGGGUGGGCGGUGAUGCUAUGGUGUCUAAUGGCAAUAUGC